GUUCUGUGGAACCUCCAAGUGAGGCCGGAAAAAAGAAGCGGAGCGCACUGAUCGGUUCAUCAUAUUUUCCUUGCGUUUCGUGUAGACCAUGGCGCAGUUGGAGAAUUUGCCACUUGGGCAACUGUUCAGGACGGGGCAAAAGCUUUUAUUCGACUUGGAAGAAUCAAGUCUGGCCAGUAAUGACCCGGCUUACCAGGAUCAAGUGGCCGACGCCACGGCCCGACUCGUUCGAGUCAAUGAACUCAUUACACGACUGGAUAUGUUUAGCAGUAACGAACUUAUUGAAGACGUGAAUACCAACGAUCUCCGCUUCCUAAUGGUGCCUGCUUAUCUCGGUAAUCUGACGUUAAAGAAAACUGGCAUAGAAAACCGUAAAGCCACGUUAGAAAUUGCCAAGGAUUACUACAAGGAAUUUCUUGCGGUAUGCAAAGAGCAUCAAUUGAUGGGCAAGCAGGAUGUGGAGGAGUUCGAGAGGCACAGCGCCGAAUCCAAGUCAAGUUUAAACCCAGCGAUCCAGCGACAGCAGAAAAUUGAACGGUUUAAACGAGAAAAAGCAAUCCGCGAAAAGAUCGAAUCACUUCAGAAACAGUUGGGUGCAGCAGAAGAGGAUCAAGAUAUGGAUGAUAUGGCACGCGAUUGUAUUUUGGCCGAGAUUGAUAUUGAGAUCCUGAAAUCCUUGGAGCAGCUGCACAGCAUCAAUCAGGAAAUGGUCAUGGUCAAGGAAAUGGAAAUUAUGCAGGAAAUGAUGGCAAAGCGCGGUACAAUUCAUGAUGCGGAUACGCGAGCGCCACCGAAACCAAGAGAGAACUGGGGUCGUGAUAAACCGUUACUGAAUCCCAAGGGAAAACCGUUGCAACCGUUUGUCAUCACCAACAAACGUCAACAGUUGAAAGAUCAAGUGUUCAAACCAGGCUGGAACCUACCUACAAUGACCAUUGAUGAAUACCUACAGCAAGAAAAGGAACGAGGCAAUAUCAUUGAGGGCGGCGGAGAACAACCUCCUAAGCCUGAAAUUGAUGAUAACGAUGAGGCAGCAAUCGAUGCCGAGACGAUGAAGAAACGUGAAUGGGACGAAUUUGUAGAAGCGAAUCCACGAGGAUGGGGCAACCGAGGCAAUAAAGGUUAAAAUCUUUUGACAGUCACUUAAUAAUGAUUGGGGGGAACAUGCAAUAAAGGGAAAAAAAAAUUGGGUUUUUCGUUUUUCUUUCCAGCCGUC